UUAUCACAUUCGUAUCCGGUUUUGACCUCUCGAUCGAAACCCUAAACCCCACUCCUGCAAGUGAAGUGGCCUACGGCGGUUUCUCAGAACAAGUAGCUGUGGUGGGAAAACUGUGUUGGAAGAUUCUGUUCUGAAGCCAUGGCUCUGGUUCUGCAUUCUUCCGAUGGCAACAAAAAUGCAUUCAAGGCACUCAUUGUUGCGGAAUACUGUGGUGUGAAAGUUGAGCUUACGAAGAACUUUCAGAUGGGUGUGUCAAACAAAACUCCUGAGUUUCUUAAGAUGAACCCAAUUGGAAAGGUUCCUGUGCUCGAAACACCCGAUGGUCCUAUAUUUGAGAGCAAUGCCAUUGCACGCUAUGUUGCUAAGCUGAAGCCUGACAAUCCACUUUUUGGCUCUUCAUUGAUUGAAUAUGGCCACAUUGAACAAUGGACUGACUUCUCUGCUACAGAGAUUGAUGCUAAUAUUGCAAAAUGGUUGUACCCACGGCUUGGAUUUGUGACAUAUUUGCCUCCGGCUGAGGAAGCUGCAAUUGCUACGCUGAAGAGAUCGCUUACUGCUUUGAACACCCAUCUUGCCUCUAACACUUACUUGGUUGGGCAUUCUGUCACACUAGCCGACAUUGUUAUGAUCUGCAACUUGAGUGCUGGAUUUAAGUGGAUCAUGACUAAGAGCUUUACCAAGGAAUUCCCACAUGUUGAGAGAUAUUUCUGGACAUUGGUUAAUCAACCGAAAUUUGUCAAGAUAAUGGGUGAGGUUAAACAAGCAGAAUCAGUUCCACCUGUUGCAUCCAAGAAGCCUGCACAACCAAAAGAAUCUGCUAAACCGAAAAAGGAAGAGCCAAAGAAAGAGGCUAAGAAAGAAGCUAAGAAAGAAGAGACAAAGCCUAAGGAUGAGGCAGAUGAAGAAGAAGCACCCAAGCCAAAGCCAAAAAAUCCUCUUGAUCUCUUGCCUCCAAGCAAGAUGAUUCUUGAUGAGUGGAAGAGGCUAUACUCCAACACUAAGACCAACUUUCGUGAGGUUGCCAUUAAAGGUUUUUGGGAUAUGUAUGAUCCAGAGGGAUACUCUCUUUGGUUCUGUGAUUACAAGUACAAUGAUGAAAACACUGUUUCCUUUGUAACCAUGAACAAGGUGGGUGGUUUUCUGCAGAGGAUGGAUCUGGCACGCAAGUAUGCCUUUGGCAAGAUGUUGGUAAUCGGCUCAGAGCCCCCAUUCAAGGUGAAGGGGCUAUGGCUUUUCCGCGGGAAAGAAAUUCCCAAGUUUGUUAUGGAUGAAUGCUAUGACAUGGAGCUGUAUGAGUGGAAGCAAGUAGACAUCAAUGAUGAAGCUCAGAAGGAGCGGGUCAGCCAGAUGAUCGAGGAUGCUGAGCCUUUUGAAGGUGAGGCUCUUCUAGAUGCAAAGUGCUUCAAGUAAACAUAUUUCCACAUCAUAUCAUUCCAUAACUCAAGUUUUGAGUUUGUAGCUUACAUACUGCAAAUUUUGAAUUUCUUCUGUUAUGAACUACUAUGCUUUUUCUUUACUGAGAGUAUUUGUAGCGGUUUUGAAUUUUGACUUGUGUUUUUGGCAAGAAUGUUAUUUAUUAUUAAUUGGAUGGAUGCUUGUUAUCUUGCUAGCUAGAAUGGAGUUUUGCAUUUUGUCA